UGUGAGAUGCGAUUACAGACGUUCAUCUGGAGAGACAGGAGGAGAGGCACCUGCUUCUGUAAUUGAUGUCCUGGGGGAGCCCGCUGCAGGACAAUUAAGGCGUCCGUCUCCACAGCUAAUUCUAUUAGCCCGGGAGCUGCCCGCGGGGCUCGGUGCGGCAGGCCCCCACGUCCACAUGGAAGCCGGUCCAGAUCCAUGUUUUCUGUGAGGCUGGAAUAGAUGGGACAUGCAUCGCCGUCCUGUGCCUGCUACCGCUGCAGUGCACUCGUCGGGCAGAGCUGCCGCCCGCGGAUACUCGCUCCCGCGUCGCCAGCCUUCCUCCCGGCAAUGACCUGAGCCUUCCUCCGGGGUUCGUCCUGCGCCUGCCGAGAAGCUCUGCUCGUGUGCGUGGAAACGCGGCGAGCCGUGUAGGAGUCUUGCCUCGGGGACGGUAGUGGAGCUCUUUCUUUGCACCCCCCCAAGGACAUGCGUAGACGGUGGGGCCUGGCCCAUGGAACUGACGCUGACUAGGAUCAAAGGGAGCUUGCUCGGCCUGACUCUGUUCAAAGAGUCCCAGUGCACCCUCUGUGGAGAGCCGGAAGAGGAAGAGGGCGGGGACCUGACACAGACGGGCAUCAGCUUCCCGGGGCCAACCGAGGACGACUUAGGUACAAUACCAGCACCCCCGUCUCCCUGGAGCUGGGGACCCUCUGCCUCCCGGGGCACGAGGCCUGAGCAUGGCCGCGGGUCUGAAGCAGACCAGAGCUACUCAUGGUCCCCGUCACCCCACUUCAAUGAGGAGCGCUGUUCUCCCGCACCCAGGAACAUGAAGGGCCUGGCCCCCGGCCGGAGCCCGCCCCAGCUGUGCUCCAGCCACACGUGUGGCCUGGCGCCGCCGGAGGACUGUGAGCUGGCCCACGACCACCUGCACCAUGUGCCGGAGCCCCGCACGCCCUACCUGCUGAGCCCGAGCGACAGCUGCCCGCUGGAGCACCGCUGCUCGCCGCGCAGCUCCGUGCACUCCGAGUGCAUGUUGAUGCCCAUGGCGCUGGGCGCCCACGUGUCCAGCAGCACCUUCCCCCGGAUGCACUACAGCUCCCACUACGACACGCGGGACGACUGUGUCGUCGGCUCGCACAGCAGCACCAAGAUGAACCGCCUCCCGGCCAACCUGCUGGACCAGUUCGAGAAGCAGCUGCCGCUGCACCGGGACGGCUUCCACACGCUGCAGUACCAGCGCGCGCCCACCGGCCCCGAGCAGCGCAGCGAGAGCCCCGGCCGCAUCCGCCACCUGGUGCACUCGGUGCAGAAGCUCUUCACCAAGUCCCACUCGCUGGAGGGCUCAUCCAAGGGCCACGCCAACGGCACCAAGGGCGGCGGCCGGGUGGAGGAGCCGCCCCCCGGCCACCACAAGCACAGCAAGCGCAGCAAGAGCCGAGAGCGGAGGCCGGAGAGCAGGAGCAGGACGGGCCUGAGCAGCUGGUGGAGCUCGGACGACAACCUGGACAGCGACGGCACCUACCGGCCCCCCAGCGCCGCCCCCCGGCACCACUCCGACCGCCUCUCCCGCUGCUACCCCGAGGCGCUCCCCAGCCCCUUCGGAGAGCUCUCGCUGAGGACCUCCAAGAGCAACAAUGACGUCAAGUGCUCGGCCUGCGAGGGCCUGGCCCUGACGCCGGACGCCAAGUACCUGACACGCAGCUCCUGGUCCACGCUGACCGUCAGCCAGGCCAAGGAGGCCUACCACAAGAGCUCCCUGAACCUGGACAAGCCGCUGAGCCACGUGGACCUCAAGCCAGCCCUGAGGCCAUGCCACUACCUCCAGGUGCCGCAGGACGAGUGGGGGGGCUGCCCCCCGGGGGCCAAGGAGGAGAUCCCCUGCCGGCGCAUGCGGAGCGGCAGCUACAUCAAGGCCAUGGCCGACGAGGAGAGCGCCGAGUCCGACUCCAGCCCCAGGACAUCGCCCACGGCGGCCGUGCGGCCCGACGCCCUGCUCACGGCCACACAGAGACCGCUCGCCGACCUGCAGACCCAGAGGUGCCUGCAGACUGCCAGUGACAUGCCCGCUGCCCACAUCCUCGACCCCUCUGCCAACUACAACUCCCCGAAGUUCCGUUCCCGGAACCAGAGCUACAUGCGGGCAGUCAGCACGCUGAGCCAGGCCAGUUGCGUGAGCCAGAUGAGCGAGGCGGAGGUGAAUGGGCACUUGGAGUCGGUGUGUGAAUCCGUCUUCAGCGAGGUGGAAUCACAGGCCAUGGAUGCCUUGGACCUGCCCGGAUGCUUCCGCACCAGGAGUCACAGCUACCUGCGAGCCAUCCAGGCCGGCUACUCCCAGGACGAUGAGUGUGUCCCCGUGAUGACGCCUGCCAGCCUCUCCUCAGCCAUCAGACCCACUACAGCUGUCUCCUACACCAACUACAAGAAGACGCCACCCCCCGUGCCCCCCCGGACCACCUCCAAGCCCCUGAUCUCGGUGACGGCCCAGAGCAGCACCGAGUCCACCCAGGAUGCCUACCAGGACAGCCGGGCCCAGCGCAUGGCCGCGUGGCCCCCUGACACCCGCGGCCUCUACAACUCCACCGACAGCCUGGACAGCACCAAGGCCCUGAGCCUCGCCCUGGAGACGGCCGCGGCCCAGCGCCUCGCCUCCGAAGGCCAGAGUGGCCCGGCCCGCAGCGGGGACAAGGCCGUGCUGAUGUCCAAGGCUAACGGCUUCCGGCAGAGCCGCAGCUCCUCCGUGGGCAUCCAGGACUCAGAGUUCCCAGACCACCAGCCCUACCCAAGGUCCGAUGUGGAGACGGCGACUGACUCGGACACGGAGAGCCGGGGGCUGCGGGAGUACCACUCGGUCGGCGUGCAGGUGGAGGACGAGAAGCGGCACGGGCGGUUCAAGCGCUCCAACAGCGUCACGGCCGCCGUACAAGCUGACUUAGAGCUGGAGGGCUUCCCGGGACACGUGGCCACCGAGGACAAGGGCCUGCAGUUUGGGUCGUCCUUCCAGAGGCACUCGGAGCCCAGCACGCCCACCCAGUACGGGGCGGUGCGCACAGUGCGGACUCAGGGGCUGUUCAGCUACCGGGAUGACUACCGCGCGCCCCCGGACACGGUCAGCCUGCCGCCUCCUGACCCCUGGCUGGAGCCGGCGCUGGAGCCCGUGGACGCGGGCAGGAUGUCCCCGUGCCGCCGGGAUGGCUCCUGGUUUCUGAAGCUGCUGCACAAGGAGACCAAACGGAUGGAAGGGUGGUGCAAAGAGAUGGAGAGGGAUGCGGAGGAGAACGACCUCCUGGAGGAGACCCUCGGCAAGAUCCGGAGUGCGGUGGGGAGCGCCCAGCUACUCAUGUCCCAGAAGUUCCAGCAGUUUUACUGGCUUUGCCAGCAGAAUAUGGACCCCAGCGCCAUGCCCAGACCCACGUCGCAGGACCUGGCGGGCUACUGGGACAUGCUGCAGCUGUCCGUGGAGGACGUCAGCAUGAAGUUUGAUGAGCUGCACCAGCUGAAGCUCAACAGCUGGAAGAGCAUCGAGUCCCCUGAGAGAAAGGAAGAAAGGAAGGUCCCUCCGCCAAUACCAAAGAAGCCCCUCAAGGGCAAGUCUCCCAUCACCAGAGAGAAGUCCCUGGACCUGCCGGACAGACAGCGCCAGGAGGCGCGGCGGCGGCUGAUGGCGGCCAAGCGGGCGGCCUCCUUCCGCCAGAACUCGGCCACAGAGCGGGCAGACAGCAUCGAGAUCUACAUCCCCGAGGCGCAGACGCGCCUCUGAGGCCGUGCCCCGUUCCUGCCUGCUCCUGGCGCCGUAGACACCGGCCAGGCUGCCCCACUGCACAGGCGUGGACGUCUGCCUGCCUGGGGCACGGUCCACACUGGCACGGGCAGAGCGGAGUAGGGACACCAACUCGGCCUCUGCCCAAGGCGACCCAGGUCACCCUUGUUAUCUCUAUUUUUAUCGAGUGUGUGGAAUCAGAGGUAAGAAUAACAGGUCAGGCCACUCGGGGGCGUCUCCUGCUGGCCCCUCCAGAGUCACCAGUCCCCCUGUGGAAGGUGCCUGACAUGCAGAAAGAAACGCCCCCUGGCUGCCCCCUUCCGGCCCCGCAGCUGCCCCCGAAGCUCUGGUGCCGGGGCAGAGGGCAGACGUGGUAUCGCCAGCACCGUCGCCAGCUGCCCCGCCAGCCGGCUACACCACUCGAGCGUCCAGCUCGGCUCCGGCUGGAGGCAUCUGCAGAGGGCACCUGCAAAGGACUGGGCAGGGGGUGGAGUCCAUGUGCCAUGAGGGCCUGGCGGGCCCCCAACGCCGCCCAGUGCAUCUUCAGGUUUGUGGGACUCGAUGUACAUAUAGUGUCAAACUGCUCUGCCCGUCGGUUCCAGGGCACGUCAGAGAAAGAGGAAGAAACCGUCGCCCGGGCCUGUGUGCGGCGGGGUGCAGGCGUGUGGGCCCCAGGAAGCAGGCCGCACCCCCACACGGCUCUGGGCUCAGGGCGGUGCUGCUGGCCGCAGAAACGGGUCGAGGGGGACCGUCCCCACCUGGGCCACAGGACCCUGCGUUCUUGGGGAUGGGUACGGCCAGCACUGGCCAGCGUGGGCAGGGUGGGAGGAAGCUGGUAGAAUGGCCCCCACUGGCUGCUGAGCACGGUCGGAGAUGGGGGGCCUCGUCUAGACCCAGACUCCGCUCUGUGGCAUACUCCGUCCAGCCGGCUGCUCGAUCCCUGACGCGCAGGCUCAGCGGGACCCAGGGUCGAAGUGGGUCGGCAGCUGGCCAGACGCUUCCCCACUCCGAAGCCAGAGCUUCCUCCUGCUGCCGCCGGAGUUGGGGCACGGCCAGGAGCGCACCCCGGGACCCCCACUCUUGUUCCUCACCUGCCUCGCACUUUAAGAUGCUCCUGGCUCCACGCGCGGCUGGAAGCCAGCUGGCCGAUGCCCUCGGGGAGGGCUGGGUGGUCUCCAACUGGCUUCCCCUCCUCACCGCCCCUCUCAGCAUGGGGCUCACGGGGGCACCGUCGAUAUUAAAGCAUGUUUAGCUUCAGAGUUUUACUUUUUUAAAGCCAAGUAGUUAAGAAUUCCCUGUAAGAACAAAACCAUGUAAAUUAAGCCUCAUAUCUGGUAUAUAUUUUACCAAACAGCCUUAAGAUAUAUUUGGAAGCAAAAAUCAGUACGAAUGUAUAUCCUUGAAAAAUGCAAAAAAAAAAAAAAAGCCCUGAAAUAUUCUUCUAUAAAUGAAUCCUAUUUCCCCAGAGUAUUCAAAGCAUUUUUCUACCUAAAUAAAUACCUAAAUCCUGAGUAGUGUACAAAAACAAUGCUUCUUCCUGUACUCACUGUACUAUGUUCAAAUCAAAUGUAUGUGCAAGUCUUGGCAUUUUAGACCCUAAACACGAUGUACUACUUAACAAUGAUCUGCUCUUCGAAAGUGAGCCCUCUGCCCUCCCCCAGCUCACACGCGGAGGUCAGAGGUCACGCACCAGCCAACAGCCGUGUUGCAGCUCUUGGCCAUGAACUUGUACAAAGCCGCUAAAGAGGACCCAGAAAAAUCAGACGGUGACUCCUUUUAGCCCCUGGAUCUCUGAUUCUGACUUUAACAAGAGUACCCCUGGAUUUGGAUUACAUUUUUUUAUGUUUUUUAGACUCGUUUUUAUCUUAAAAUCCCAAAGCCUUGGCCGGAACCACCCCCAGGUGAGCAAAUUGACCUAAGGUGGCCGCGGGCUGGGUGGAGGGGCCCCGGCAACACGCAGCGGGUCCCAAAGAAGGUGCCGGCAGCCGCGCCCGCACCCUGCUCCUCGCGCUAGGACGGCCCCAGGCCGGGGGCUCGGUGAGAGCGCCAAGGACAAGCCAUGCUCCCUCACUGUACAUGUACGGAGAAUUAAAGCUCUUUCCAGCA